GAGAUCAUGCUGCACGCCGCCCGCCUCGUGCCCCGGCUGGGCCGCCGACUGCUGUCCGCCGCCGCCCAGACCGUGCCCGCGCCCAACCAGCAGCCCGAGAUCUUCUGCAACAAGAUCUUCAUAAACAAUGAGUGGCGAGAUGCCGUCAGCAAGAAAACAUUCCCCACCAUCAACCCCUCCAAUGGAGAGGUCAUCUGUCAGGUGGCGGAAGGGGAUAAGGAAGACGUGGACCUGGCAGUGAAGGCCGCCCGGGCUGCGUUCCAGCUGGGCUCGCCCUGGCGCCGGAUGGACGCAUCUGAGAGGGGCCGGCUGCUGAACCGCCUGGCGGAUCUGAUCGAGCGGGACCGGACCUACCUGGCGGCCCUGGAGACUCUGGACAAUGGCAAGCCCUAUGUCAUAUCCUACCUGGUGGACCUGGACAUGGUCGUCAAGUGUCUCCGGUAUUAUGCAGGCUGGGCUGAUAAGUACCACGGGAAGACCAUCCCCAUCGACGGGGACUUCUUCAGCUACACGCGCCACGAGCCCGUUGGAGUGUGCGGCCAGAUCAUCCCGUGGAACUUCCCACUCCUGAUGCAGGCCUGGAAGCUGGGCCCCGCCCUGGCAACUGGCAACGUGGUUGUGAUGAAGGUAGCCGAACAGACUCCGCUCACCGCCCUCUACGUGGCCAAUCUGAUCAAGGAGGCUGGCUUCCCCCCUGGCGUGGUCAACAUUAUUCCUGGAUAUGGCCCUACGGCCGGGGCGGCCAUUGCUUCUCACAAGGAUGUGGACAAGGUGGCGUUCACAGGCUCCACUGAGGUUGGCCGCCUUAUCCAGGUGGCGGCAGGGGACAGCAACCUCAAGAGAGUGACCCUGGAGUUGGGGGGCAAGAGCCCCAACAUCAUCAUGUCUGAUGCUGACAUGGACUGGGCCGUGGAGCAGGCCCACUUUGCCCUGUUCUUCAACCAGGGCCAGUGCUGCUGCGCUGGCUCCCGGACCUACGUGCAGGAGGAUGUGUAUGCAGAGUUUUUGGAGCGCAGCGUGGCCCGGGCCAAGGCCCGCGUGGUUGGGAACCCCUUUGACAGCAAGACCGAGCAGGGGCCGCAGGUGGAUGAGGAACAGUUCAAGAAGAUCCUUGGCUACAUCCAGUCCGGGAAGCAGGAAGGGGCUAAGUUGCUGUGUGGGGGUGGGCCUGCCGCUGACCGUGGCUACUUCCUCCAGCCCACCGUGUUUGGAGACGUGCAAGACGGCAUGACCAUCGCCAAGGAGGAGAUCUUCGGGCCAGUGAUGCAGGUCCUGAAGUUCAAGACCAUCGAGGAGGUUGUUGGGAGGGCCAACAAUUCCAAGUACGGGCUGGCUGCUGCAGUCUUCACAAAGGACCUAGACAAGGCCAACUACUUGUCCCAAGCCCUCCAGGCCGGCACUGUGUGGAUCAACUGCUAUGAUGUGUUUGGGGCCCAGUCCCCAUUCGGUGGUUACAAGAUGUCGGGGAACGGCCGCGAGCUUGGGGAGUAUGGUCUGCAGGCCUACACUGAAGUGAAGACUGUCACUGUCAAGGUUCCCCAGAAGAACUCCUAA